AUGGAUAAUGAUAUACCAGGAGCGAGGUUGUUUGAGUGCAGGGAAGACUUUUUCUUUGACAACAGCAGCAAGAGAUGUGUCCCAGAGUGUGGGAAGUGGACCUACACGUCACACAGAGACGACAGAAUACUCACUGGAUUCAGCAUCACUGGAACAUUGCUGGCAAUACUCAUUUCUAUAAUCUUUGUGGUUGGCUCUGGCAUAAAACACAAGCAGAUGUUUCGGUUUCCAGCUAUUUUCUUAGUUUAUUCCUCUGUAACUCUUCUCAUCUACGGUUUCUUCAACUUUGCAACAGAAUUUGACAGAGAAACAGUAAUUUGCAGUUCAAGAAAUCUUGUCGAAACCCUUGAAAAAGGCGGCGCAUCAUUCUAUUGCCUCUUUGUAGGUAUGACUGUUAUAAUAGCUCACAUUGUAAAUUCAUUAAUAAUGUUAUUUACAGGGGCAUUCUCUGUAUAUGGAAGAGUACAGGUUGUUCUCUGGUGGGUUUCUCAUACCUCAGUACUAACAUAUGGAGUGUUCAGGCCACUCAAGUACCAAAUGGCAAGCAAUUUGGGCCGGCUCAGAUACGUACACAUCGGCCUGCUAGUAGCAGGUAUCAUUCUACCUUUGAUCCCAACUCUGAUCCACUGGUUUGUGGGAGUGUAUGGUGUUGAUGCCGUGAGGAACUAUACAUGCAUCCCAGGAGACAUACUGCCACUUGAGAACCUGCCUUUUGCCAUAUUUGGUACUGUCACUUUAGUGAUGUUUAUGCUUAUUGCCUCAAAGAUAUACCAGAUGAGACAAAGAGGUGAGGCUAAGGGGGACAAGUAUCUAGUCGAGAUUAAAGUGCUCAUCAUAAUAUCCGUCUCCAUUUUUGGGUUCAUUGUCCUGGCUGGCAGUGAUUCCAUAAUACAGUGGGGAGCUGAUUCUAUCCGCAGAGACGUUGAGGCCUUUUUCAACUGCGAGGCCAGAGGACUAAUCCCCGGACUUCACUGCUCCAGAGACUCGUUCAAUUCAGCCUUCUCCAUACUAGACACUGUUGGCGUUAUGGUGCGGGCCAUUCUACCAGUUUUUCUUCAUAUUGUUCUUGGUGGAUUUCAAGUCAGUCAGGAGAUGUCUGCUAGGACACAGGCAGCUAAACUUGCAAUUGUCCACUCGACUAACUCUCUCCCAAUCUACUGUUGUAUAGCGAUAGAACUUUGUUUGCCCUGGGCAAUUAUAUACCAUGUGUAAAAAUGUAGUCAGAACACAAAGAUGUGAUCCUUCUGCCUAUGCAAAGCAUAAAACUGGCUUAUCAGAGCAUCAGUAGACACUCUGUGUAGGAAUACCCACGUACCAAAUGCCUCUGCAAAUAUGCCCAGCUAAGCCUUCAAAAUAAGCAACAAUCAAAAAGGCAGAGGGGGUAAUUGUGAAGGAGUUGACAAACGAGGCUUGAUCAGUGGCAUCCCCUAGAGUUAG